AUGACCACCAACGGGUCCGACAAGCCUCAGGUCCAGCCCUGCAGGUACAAGGUCGGCAAGACGCUGGGUGCUGGAUCUUACUCCGUCGUCAAGGAAUGCGUCCAUAUCGACACGGGGCGCUACUACGCCGCCAAGGUCAUCAACAAGAGAUUGAUGGCCGGCAGAGAACACAUGGUCCGCAAUGAGAUUGCAGUCCUGAAAAAGGUCUCCAUGGGCCAUCAGAACAUCCUGACGCUUGUCGACUACUUCGAGACGAUGAACAACCUCUACCUCGUCACCGACUUGGCUCUCGGCGGUGAGCUCUUCGAUCGCAUUUGCCGAAAAGGCUCCUACUACGAAUCCGACGCCGCGGACCUCAUCCGCGCCACACUCUCCGCCGUUGCGUACCUCCACGACCACGGCAUCGUCCACCGCGAUCUCAAGCCCGAGAACCUCCUGUUCCGCACACCAGAAGACAAUGCCGACCUCCUUAUCGCCGAUUUCGGACUGAGUCGCAUUAUGGACGAGGAGCAGUUCCACGUGCUGACCACGACAUGUGGCACACCUGGUUACAUGGCCCCCGAGAUUUUCAAGAAGAUUGGUCACGGUAAGCCCGUCGACGUAUGGGCCCUCGGCGUCAUCACCUACUUCCUCCUCUGCGGCUACACGCCCUUCGAUCGUGACAGCGAUUACGAGGAGAUGCAGGCCAUUCUCAGCGCCGACUACAGCUUCACCCCCUUCGACUACUGGCGCGGCGUUUCCGACCAUGCCAAGGACUUCAUCCGCAAGUGCCUUACGAUCGACCCGAACAAGCGUAUGACAGCGCACGAGGCCCUGCAGCACCCUUUCGUCGCCGGCUACCUUAACGGCGAGGGCGAGGGCCAGAACCUCCUGCCGACGGUCAAGAAGAACUUCAACGCCCGCCGGACGUUGCACGCCGCUAUCGACACCGUCCGCGCCAUCAACAAGCUGCGUGAGGGCCAGAACAACCUGAUGGACGGCGCCAAGUCCCGCGAGCCCGAUCGCGGCAUGAAGUCUCCGCCGAACGCGAAGAAGGACGACAGCGCCAUCAGCAUGGGGAACCACAAGGACUCAGGUUACGGCACACAACCCGAGGCGGACAACCAGGACGAUGUCGUCAUGACAGAUGCCGGCCCGGCACCAAGCAGUGUGCCCGCGAGCUUGCGACCCGGCAGCGAGCAGAACAAGGUGAUCGAGACCAGCAAGGGAUUGUGGAGCGGCCCCGCGUUGCGACGAUAG